AUGGGUGUGCUUGUAGACUUUCUUAAACUCACAGCAAGAGUCUUUGGGUACAUCGUCCUUGCGGUGCUUCAGUGGGUAAAGAAGCCUGCAGGUAAAAGAGUCAGGAAUGAAGUCUGCUUGGUAACAGGCACGGCUAGCUCAACUGGUAUCGGGAAGCUUUUUGCCCUGGCAUUUGCCCGACAGGGGGCUACCCUCAUCUUGUGGGAUACAGACAGAGAGGGCAAUGAAAACACUGCAAAGGAAGUUCGCGCCCUAGGAGCCACGGCGUACACUUAUGUCUGUGAUGUGAGCCGGAGGGAAGCGGUGUACAGUGCUGCCGAACUGGUGAGAAAGGAUGCGGGUGAUGUUACGAUACUGGUCAACAGUGCUGGUGUUGCAGCUGUGAAGCCCAUCCUAGAGUGUCCCGAUGAGCAGCUGGAAAGAACCAUGAAGACCAAUUGCCAUGCUCACUUUUGGACUGUCAAGGCUUUCCUUCCACACAUGAUCGGGAGAGAUCAUGGGCACAUUGUGACAGUUGCGGGAUCAUUUGGGCUUUUUGCAACAGGCUGUCUGGAGGAUUACUGUGCCAGCAAGUUUGCUGUAGUUGGAUUCCAUGAAGCUCUUAGCCAUCAGCUGAAAGCCAAAAGAAUCAGUGGUGUGAAAACUACUCUUGUGUGUCCUUAUUUCAUUGAUGCGGGCAUGUUUCAUGGCUGCAGAAUCAGGCAAGAGCUGGAAACCUUACUUUUUCCAUUACGGCUAGGCCAUUUUGUGGAAGAAGCAAUGCAAGGUAUACUGCACAAUCAACACAUGAUCUGUGUCCCCAGAGUGAUAUACUUUGCAGCCAUUUUAAAAAACCUCCUUCCUUGGGAUGUUCAAGUCCUCAUUCAAAAAUUCUUGGGACUGGACACGUGUCUUCCACAAAAAGCAGCAAAGUUUAGCAGCAAAAAGAUGAAAAUAUUAUCUUUCUACAGAAAUGUCUGGAGCAAAAUGUUUAUUUCAACAGAUACAACCAAGUCUGCAGCACUCAACAUGCAAAAUUAA